GGAGGGGCGGAAGUAGCAUGGUUUCUUUCUACAACUAGGCUAAAAGUUUGAGUUACAAACAAGAAAUUUGCAUUACAUUCAAGUUUAUUAUCAGAGUCAGUCUUGGAGAAUGGACUUGCUUCAUAUUAUGGCCCGGAUUAGCACGUUUAAAUUAUAUCAGAUAGUCAUUUUGCUGUGUGCAGCUUUAGCAGUAUUUAUAUUUUAUUAUUUUGGAUCUGAAAGAGAAAACUUCACCUCUACAACUAAAAGGAUAAAGGAAAACCGAGCGAUUCAACAGGCUGAAGGGGAUGCCCGAUUUUCUGUAGAAAUUAAAGAUGCGUCUUUAAAGUCUUAUGUUAUCUCUUCUGUAGAGCAGGAAGCUAAAAAUAUCACCAAGAAAGGAGUCGCUUAUCACAUCCUCAUGAUGUUUACUAAAGUGGACAAAAAUUGGGGUCUGCAGGAGAAAUUUAAAGCAGCAAUGACGUCCAUGACAAAAUAUUGCAGACUGGAUGACAACGAAGUUUUACAUUUGCAUUUUGUAAGUGAUUCCAGAAGUAAAGAGUAUUGUGAAAGUAUCUUGGAUGGUCUACUUCAUGGAGCAUUAUUUAAAUACAAGAUUACAUUCCAUGAUGUGAAUGCACUGACUGAGAAGCUCGCUCCUAUCGUUGAAGCCAUGCAGAAACACUUCAGUUCUGGAUCUGGGACGUACUACAGUGACUCAAUUUUCUUUCUGUCAGUUGCUAUGCAUAGGAUCAUGCCAUCAGAAAUAAGCAGGAUAGUUCAGCUGGACCUGGAUGUGAAAUACAGGACCAACAUCAGAGAGCUGUUUGAGGAGUUUGACAAGUUUCCAUCUGGAGCAGUUCUUGGGAUUGCCAGAGAGAUGCAGCCUGUGUACAGGUAUGUGGAAUAA